UGGCACAGCCUGUGGGGCAGAUGCUGGCAGAGCCGGGUGGGGACAGUGGCAACUUGAGAAAUGGCGGUGAAGAGCAACCAGCUCUCAGGGGACGUUUGUCAGAAGGCGGCCUGCCCAGCACCAGGGGUUUCCCGUUGCAAAAGCUAGAGGCACCAUCCAAAGGCACUUGUGGAGACCACUAGCUGCUUACAGGAGCUGAACAUACCCCAGGGGGCCUUCAAGUAGAGGGAGGAGCACAGUCAGUCUGCCCAGGAGCCAACAUGGAGCAGAAGAUCAGCUCUUUCUUUAAUUCUAUCUUGGAGCUCAUCCGUACCAAGCAUGAGGAAGGUGUCUUCAACACCGUGUGCCUGGCCGUGCUAAUGGGUCUGCCCUUUGUUGUCAUCAUUGCAUUCAUUUUCAUUUGCUGCCACUGCUGCUUCUGCAGCCAGGUGGGAGAAAGCAGGAAGAAAGGUGGCACCAGCAGCAACGGGCAGAUGCACGCGGAGAGGAACAAGAAGAAAAAGAAGAAGAAGAAGAAGGAUGAAGAGGACCUGUGGAUCUCUGCUCAACCCAAGCUGCUCUUGCUGGACAAGAGACCCUCCUUGCCCAUCUAGCAGACAGGAGGGUUUCAGGCCCUCCCCUUGGGGAUGCCACCACUCCUUUCAGCUGUGCACUGCGGGAGGUGAGGAGAUGCCAAGGCUGCUGCCACUUUAUGGUGACUUUCCAAAGAGGCUGAGCUAGCACGUUGAGGUGCCAGCACAGAGCAAGGCAGUUUGGCACAGGUUUAUGCAAGUCCCUUCUCCCCCACCAUGACAGCGUGCCCAAUGGCAGAAACCCCUGCAAAGGACAGGUGUGCACAUGGACACAUGCCCUGCUGAGCACAUGAGGAUGACCUGCCACCGGGCCGCAUGUACCUCCCACCAAAGCAUAACACCCACGCACCGGGCUGCCAUGCAGCGACUGGGCAUGAGGCUCUCCCUCUGCACUUGUGUGCAAGCACACGCGCUGUUGCAUGGAUAAGAGUGCACGGGACCCACAUGCACACAAACACCGAGCUGCUGGAACACUCACCCUGCACAAACAUAGAUGGCCGCAUUUAAAGUAAGCACCGGCAUGCCUCAUUCGCUUGUCCUGCCGCGGAGAUGGCACAACUUGACUGUUGAGGCUCCGUCCAAACCCAGCUCAUGUUGGAGGUGCAAAAAAAGCAAAGCAUAGAGUUACCCCACAGCUCAAAGAUAUGCCAUCUUCUGGGCCACCAAACAGAAGGCAACUGAGAGCAUCUGAAGAUGGGUGCCCUUAGCACAACCUUAGAGACGUCAACCCACCAUCUUAAAGCAGCAAAGCAGAAGGAUGCGUUGCCACCCAGCCAAGAGGCAGGGAGGAGGCUGCAAGACUGGCCCUUUUGCACCAACACUUAUAAAAAAUCUUCCUUGAAAGACUGUUUUAUACAGACUUGCCUUUAGAGAGCCCACCACACUACUGCAAGAGAAGAAACACAAGCUGAGGCUGUGUAAAGGCUUAGCUAUGGGCAUUAGAGUUAUUUAUUGAAUGACUACUAAAGAAGAGCAGGACCAAAGCGCCUCUGUCGCAGGGCUAGGCACCCCUAAGCAGUGUUGAAGCAGCAGACACGCUUUCCCAGCAUGCUCAGCCGUCCCUUUGCCCUGCAGCCUUUGUGCAUGUGCAGACGCAUAAGCACACGCCGCCGACAGCUGAUGCCACGCAGGCAGCUCUGUAGGCCACACAGAUUGCUUCUGUAUGGCUGUCCAGCCAGCUGGCUCUGGGAUUUGGGAUGUGCUGUAGGAGCAGAGGGGGUUAAUGUUCAUGCCCACAGUCAUCCCUUACCCAGGGAUGCAUCAUACAGCUGGACCCUGCAUCCCUCUCCAUCCUCAUCUCCCUUGGACGUGCAGUGGCUUGUCUGGGCACAGCAGUUAAUGAGACCACACACAGUGCUCACCUCUGCUCUGGGUUUGAAGCUCUGCUCCUCCUACAUCUGCAUGCCCAGCCUACCUCCUGAAGAGCUGGGGGUCUCUGCUGUCCCCUGCUCUUUUCCCCUCCAGGCUCUGUCUCCGCCAGCUUGUUCUGCCAGCAAGGGAUGCACGCGUGUGAAGAGAAGCCCCAUGACAUCUGUUUUUUUACCCUGUGUCUUUACACUGGAUGUUUUCCUCCCACUUUCUUCCACUUCUUAAGCUUCUGGAGCAGUCUGGAGCUGCCAGCCAGAGCCAGACAUCUGGGGGACAAGCAGCCAAAUCCACAUGGGCAAGCCUGGACAGAACUGCUGGACAUGACCACUUCCAACACAGGCGAGGGCGAUGGCGCCUUCCCCCAGCUCCCAGAGCGCACACCAGCAGGGGGGCAAAGCCACCGGUUAGAAGCGGCCACUUGUGCCACCCAGUCCCAGCGCAGCCUGUUUUGUCCGACUCGGACAGGGCGGCGAUGUUAACAUCACAUCACGGGGUUUGGCUGCAUGCAGCUGUGCUCGUAACGGCCGGGAGACCAGGCUUCUCCUCACACAGCCCUUUCAAUUGACCCCAUAUGUGCCUUAUUUUCCAGCUUGCUUUGCUAGCACUGAAAUAAGUGAGUUCCUUCUCCUCCAAAACAGGAAGCAACAUACAAUGCUAUAAAAAAGAAUUAGUAUUUGCCACACCUAAUCCUAGAAAGAAACAUGCAGGAAUAACUCUGGGCUCUGUCCCAAAGCCCCAGUCCAGCUGGGACCCUGGAGAACCAGUGCUACACUUGUAUUAUUCCUUCUUCCUUCCCUCCUUUCCCCUACCCAGGUACUUUUCCCAGUCCUCCUGCCUCCGCCCUCACCAGGUGGGCAAAGCAGUCUCCUCCUGUGGGCAGGAAAGCUGCCCAUGCAGGUGUUCCUGCUGCGAUUCAGAGGUACCAACAGCCUCAGAGGAAGGGUGGUGUUGCCUGGAGGAAUUAAAAAAAAAAAAAUUGGAGUGGAGGGAAGCACCAUGGGAGGCCAGAGGCUUACCGGAGCAAGCAGGGGCAUGGAGACAGCCAGCUAUGGCAGAGUACAGCCUACCUGGUGUGGAGCUGAUGGGCUUUGCGUGGCUGGCUCCCAGCAAGGAGGUCCUUCUCCAGAAGGGUUAGCGAGUAACAUUUCAGGCGAGAGCAACUGAUUCCUACAAGAACCAGAGAACUGUUAAGAAAAUGUCUGUGUUGGGUCAGACACAACAUCUCCAAUCUAGGUUUUUGGGAGUUCAGAGCCAGGUCUGAAUUUCAAGAGCUUCCCAAAAUCAUCAUUCACACCACCCCCGGGCCGGACAGGGAGGGACUAGAGUACCAUCCUGCCCUGAUCCAUCCAACCAGUGGAUGAUCUGAGCCUCUGCACCCCAUAAAGCAUGGGGUUUACUUGCUCAAGGACUGCUGUUUCAGUCAAACCAUGCACUGAAUCAGCUGUUUCUUGCGACAAAAGCAAAAGAGCAGCAACAGCCUGAGGUGCACCAGGACCUGUCACCCAUCAGACAGGCAGCAGCAACCCUGCAGCACCCACACUAACAAGGUGGCAGGAGAUGCAUGGUACAGAAAUUCUGCUGCAUGGGUCCCUGCUCUCCAGACGCCUCUGAACUGCCUCCCCACAACUGCAUUUCAGUAUCAACCUUUUGUUUUCAUGAACAGACCUUGCAAAAGUGGGGGAAAAAAAUAAUAUUUUUUGCAAUUUUUUUUUUUAAACCAAAAAUAAAUGACUCUCAA